CACAAAACAAAUUCACCACCGCUCCUCGACCUCCAUCCGCUCGCAGCUCGAACCAAGGAGAGAUCUGUCCGCCAUGUCUGGGCGCGGCAAGGGAGGCAAGGGGCUUGGCAAGGGCGGCGCCAAGCGCCACCGGAAGGUGCUGCGCGACAACAUCCAGGGCAUCACCAAGCCGGCCAUCCGCCGUCUGGCUCGCCGUGGAGGCGUGAAGCGCAUCUCGGGGCUCAUCUACGAGGAGACCCGCGGCGUGCUCAAGAUCUUCCUCGAGAACGUCAUCCGCGACGCCGUCACCUACACCGAGCACGCCCGCCGCAAGACCGUCACCGCCAUGGACGUCGUCUACGCCCUCAAGCGCCAGGGACGCACCCUCUACGGCUUCGGCGGCUAGGCUCUUCCUCGCCCCCCCUGCAGGUCCCAAAAGCUUUAUAGAACAGCGACUUGUUCAGUUCUCUAUUUGCUCUGUAGUUCGAACUGAAUCGUGGAACAAAGUUGUUCGCAUGUGUUGCUGGAAAUGGAACCUGUCUCUGUGAAA